UCUGACUGUAAUCUGACUGCCGCCCUCACACUGCCAGCCAGUCGACUCUUUCCUGAGUGAGCGAAGUGCGCCUGGAAAUUAUUGUUUUCGUCCAAUAUGUCCAUCAGUCGGAAAAAUUGGUCGGCUUUGUCCAGCCUGGCGCGGCAAUGGACGGUGGAGGAUGAGGAGGAGGUGGAAAGGGAGAGGAGGAGGAGGGUGAAGAGCUCCAACGUUACCGAACCUGGUGAUGACCUCAGCCCAACAACCAAAGACACACCCACCAGUGACAGCACCUUUGCGUCCAACAGUGAGAUGUCCCAGGGCCUCAGCAGUGCCGAGCAGAUACAGCUAGACUUUGUGGAGAUGCUGCGUACCCGUGAUGAAAGAAGGAGGAUGAGACAUGUGGAGACGCUGAGAAGACAGAAGGAGAUAGGGGAGGAAGAAGGGGAGGCCUGCGGAGGAGAAGCCAGGGUGGAGCUACUGGGGGACAUGGAGGAGGAGCAGAGCAGUGCGUUGCCCCCUGUGAAAGCCACAUACAAACCACAACCACCCGAAAAACCAGCCUCUUACAGCCCCACCAACAGCACCAGCACUAACAGACAACCCGAAAAUGGACAAUCGUCGAGAAAAGACCUCGAUCCCAAGCCGUCGUCCGACCGGGCUCUCAAGUUUGUCAGCUCUGUCUCCAUCUCACUCGACAAAGGUUCCUCCGCCAGCGGGUGCACAAGUCCCAUGAGCCCUCGCUCUCCGACGACCCCCUUCUCGCCUCGAGAACACUGGCCGUCUCCCUGCCAGAGCCCCUCUCCUGGGGGAGCUCAGAGCCCUGUUCAGAAUGGACACACACAGGAGACCACUGUGAAUGGCUCUCCUUCCAACGGCAACUUCGAACAGACGUCCAAACCAGCGUUUGUCAGACAGAGCUCCAGGACUAUAUCUUUCAGGAUGAUGAAGAAGAAGGAAGAGGAGAGUGCACCGCUGCGGAGGAGUGCAAGUGUGAGGAUGGCCUCCGAGAAGUUUGAAUCAAACACAGACCAGGACCAACAUGGAGAUGAAGACAAAACAUCAUCUUUCCAGAGAAACUCCAAGCAGAGAAUUUCUUCCAGGUCCAUCCAGGAGAAGAUGGAGAGACUGGCCCAGGCUGCACAGAAGGGAGAAGUGACUCGUUCUCCAGACGUCACCCAGAGGACUCUGUUCCUGCUGGACGAGGUGUCCAGGAAGAGGAGUCUCUUUGAGAAGGAGCAGCAGGGAGUGGGCCCCCCCAGCCCCGGGGUCUCCAGACAGGAAUUUAGGAGCUUCAAAUCCGGAAUGUCAGACCGGAUCUCCAGCUGGCUCACCAAGACCAACAACACCGGGUCUUCACACAAUCCCACAGACUUGAGAAAUGUAGACACCAGUAAGAGGAGCCUGUUUGAGAAGAGAGAUGAGGACAGUGCCCAGCCUGGAAAAAUCUACAAGUGAAGGCUGUCCUUUUAUUAUGGUCGGCAGGCACGUUGACGGUCCCAAACUGCGCUUUUCCUUAGCAAUAUAUUCAAAUAUGACAUGAAAUGUGUUUAUUUAACAAUAUAUUUUGUAGGGGUAAGGAGAGAGGAGAUGAUAAGCACUGGAAGAUUAUUGGAUGCCAUGACUGACUGAUUCUUUUAUUUCAAUAGAAUACUGCUUUUAAAUUAAGGAGGCUUUACAAUCAUACACAUCUGCAUCGCUUCUUGAACUACAAAUGUGUCAAACACUGAAAAUACUUAAUGUGUGAGGAAGAUUAUUCUGUAAAGAGAGGCGAAGAAAAGUGAUACAUGUGUUUUAAAACUCUUCAGCUAUUUGCCUAACUUACUUUGUGUAAUUGUUCAAGCACUUUAAAACGGUGAAGGUCUUAAGGCUAAUGACGGCUAUACUUUUUACUGAAUCGUGGGAAUUCUGGAGUUGAAAUUGAAUGUUUUUGUUAAAUCUGCCAUAAUAUACAUUUUGUUUUGUGCCAUUGAGGGCAAUAUGUCUAAGAAAUAAAAUAUUUUAUAACCACAAA